AUGGGCAGUGUGUUGGCUGCCGCCUCCCCCACUCCGGCCCCGGCUACAGCUGGAGGGGGCCAAGGGGUCCCGGGGAUGAUGUCCGUCCCUCCAGGGUUCUCUAUGCCUCCAGUGUCUUCCAUCCCGUCAACAUCUGGAUCUGACCAAGAGACAGCAGAAGAUGAUUCCCCGCUUCAAAACCCAGGAACCUAUGAGGAGUGUCAUCGCAAAUGUAAAGAGGUGUUCCCACUGCAGAUGGAAGGGGUGCGGUUAGUGGUCAACAAGGGUCUAAGUAAUCACUUCCAAGUCAGCCAUACUAUAACCCUCAGCACUCUGGGUGAUUCUGGGUACCGGUUUGGCUCCACCUAUGUAGGCAGCAAACAGACUGGACCAGCAGAGUCGUUUCCAGUCAUGGUUGGAGAUAUGGACAACACCGGCAGUCUGAACGCCCAGAUCAUCCACCAGCUCACGUCUGCUGUGCGAUCCAAAAUCGCCAUCCAGACUCAACAGCACAAGUUUGUGAACUGGCAGUGUGACAUGGAGUACCGUGGUAAAGACUUCACCUCCGCCGUCACGCUGGGAAAUCCAGACGUGCUCGUUGGAUCUGGCAUUGUGGUGGCCCACUAUCUCCAGUCCAUCACACCAGCGCUGGCCCUGGGUGGAGAGCUGGUGUAUCACAGGAGACCAGGAGAGGAAGGUACCGUCACCUCCCUCCUGGGCCGCUACACAGGUGAUAACUUUGUUGCUACGCUGACUUUGGGAGAAGCAGGAGCUCAUGCUACGUAUUAUCACAAAGCCAAUGAUCAGUUGCAGGUAGGAGUUGAAUUCGAAGCCAGCACGAGGAUGCAGGACACUUCAACGUCCUUCGGUUACCAGCUGGACAUCCCGAAAGCAAACCUGCUGUUCAAAGGGACGGUUGACAGCAACUGGGUGGUCGGGGCGACCCUGGAGAAGAAACUGCUCCCGCUGCCUCUCACGCUCGCCCUCGGGGCUUUUCUCAACCACCGCAAGAACAAGUUCCAGUGCGGCUUCGGCGUCACCAUCGGCUAGCGGUGCGCGGAGGGUCUGCCUGGAGCCAGCUCGCAGGCCACAGCUUGGACCGGCACUGAGACACACAGGAACCUGGACUACGUUUUAGAAAUUGAAUUCAAAGACUCUCUUUCAACUGUGAUUUCUGGGACGACAGAGAGACAAAGACAACUAUCAAGGAGCCAGGACUGGCCAAGCCAUGCCUACAAUACUGUAGCACAAAUGUCUUUCCUUUAUGGUGUGUUGGAUGUUCCCAACGAAUAGAGAGAUGUAUAUCAGAGGGCAUCAGGCGAUGCAUGAAAACAUGUGAUGUGAAAAUCAAAGUCAGUGGUCAGACAUAAUAUAUGGUGGUCAUGUGUGGGUUUAAAUAAAUGUGAUUACGUUUUUUUUU